AUGGAUCUCCAACCUAAUAGGAGUUUUACUAAAAAUGACCUGGAGUCCGUGCUACUUGAUGAAGCUGCAGAGCCCAUGGCCCUUCCGUUCUCACUUCUGGAAAAUAUCACAAACAAUUUCUCUUAUAAGCAGGAGAUUGGUAGAGGUGGGUUUGCGGUGGUUUAUAUGGGAAUGCUUGAGAAUAGGGCAGUAGCUGUAAAGAGGUUAUCCCAUACUUAUAAGUAUGAGAGCGAAUUUCUCCGAGAAGUUGAAUGUCUCAUGAAGGUGAAGCACAAAAAUGUCGUACGAUUCCUUGGAUAUUGUUCGGACACACAAGGGCACGUGGGGAGCUACGACGGAAAAUUUGUCAUGGUUGAUAUGCAAGAAAGAUUGCUCUGCUUUGAGUAUCUGCCUAAGGGAAGUCUUGAUAAUUUUAUCAAAGAUCCCUCUGGUGGGCUUGAUUGGAAAACCCGCUAUCAGAUAAUUAAGGGGAUAUGUGAGGGGCUACAUUAUCUCCACCGUAUAAAUAUUAUGCAUCUGGAUUUGAAACCUUCGAAUAUAUUGAUGGAUGAUGAUAUGAUUCCAAAAAUAACUGAUUUUGGUCUCUCGAGGAGCCUUGAGGAAAUGCAAACCCGAGUCCUUGCUACAAAAAUGUUCGGCACAAUGGGAUACUUGGCACCAGAAUUCACCAGCAAUGUAAUCACACACAAGUUUGACUUGUAUAGUCUUGGUAUUAUAAUCAUGGAGAUACUAACUGGAGCAAAGGAGCAUCCAGUUGUUGAGAAUGUGCUUAAAAGUUGGGACAAUUGGCCAGAGCUAUCACAAGGAAACCCACAUUAUGAACAAAUACGAGUAUGUGCUGAGAUUGGGAUCGAGUGCAUAAACUUCGAUCCAACAAUGCGACCAGAUUGUAUGUCACAUAUAAUGGACAGGCUUGCUGAAACAGAAAGGACAAAGUUGAAAGAAAUUUAG